GGAAGGGGGAAAGAAACAGUGGGAGCAAGGAGAGGGGCAGAGAGAAGCUGGUUAGAGGCAGAGGAGGGCAGGCAGGAAGGAUGAAAGGGUAAGAAGGAGUCGGAGGGGAAGGAAGGGCCAGAAGGCAGCCCCGUGGGAGCCAUGGCUGGCAAUGGAGUGCCCGGAGAGCAGAGGCCCCUGCUGGGCCCCUCGUCGAGAAGCCGCGCAGCGCUGGGCCACCGCCGGGCUGCCUGUGCCGCGGUGCUCCUGGCAGAGAUGCUGGAACGAGCCUCCUUCUUCGGCAUCUCCUCCAACCUGGUGCUCUACCUCAACAGCUUCAACUUCAACUGGGAUGGCGAGCAGGCGACCCGUGCCGCCCUGGUCUUCCUGGGGGCUUCCUAUCUGCUGUCCCCCAUCGGAGGCUGGCUGGCGGACGUCUACCUGGGCCGCUACACCACCAUCAUCACCAGCCUGCUCAUCUACGCCGGGGCCUCCUGCCUGCUGCCCCUCACCGCCUUCUCCGAUGGCCGCCAGUCCUUCUGCGGGGGGAUGCCCACCUUCGUCAUCCAGCCCCCCUGCUCCGGCCAGGACUGCCAGAAGGAGUCUUCCAGUCCCUACUGCGCGCCCACCAUGUACGGGGGGCUCCUGCUGCUGGCCCUGGGCAUCAGCUCAGUGAAGGCCAACCUCACCUCUUUCGGGGCUGACCAGGUGAUGGACCUGGGACGAGAUGCCACCCGACGUUUUUUCAAUUGGUUUUAUUGGAGUAUCAACCUGGGUGCAGUUCUGUCCCUGUUUGUGGUGGCCUUCAUCCAGCAGAACAUAAGUUUCCUGGUGGGCUACAUCAUCCCCGUGGUCUGUGUCGGUCUCGCCCUGCUCGUGUUCAUCUGUGCAGGCCCCCUGUUCAUCACCAAGCCCCCCACGGGCAGCCAAGUGUCCUCCAUGCUGAAGCUUGCCAUCCAAAAGUGCUGUCCUCGGUGCUGCUGUUGUUUACUCAGACCCUCCCGAGAUGAACAUGAGCUGCCUGGCAGACGAUGGUCACCGAGGAGUCCUUCCCACCACGAAGAUGUCACCAACUUCCGGGUGCUGAUGAGGAUCUUGCCCGUGAUGUUGAUGCUGGUGCCUUACUGGAUGGUGUAUUUCCAGAUGCAGUCCACUUAUGUCCUACAGGGCUUGCACCUCCAAAUCCCACAUAUUUUCCAGAACCCAUCGGACAAUGGGAGCAACAGCAACAAGCUUCCCCAGGACAAGAGCAGCUACAGGUUUCCGGAAGCCUGGCUCCUUCUGGCCAAUGUGGUCAUGGUACUGGUCCUGGUCCCUCUGAAGGACCGAUUCCUCGAUCCCUUCCUGCAGCGCCGGAAGCUGCUCCCCUCGCUUCUCAAGAAGAUGGCCCUGGGCAUGUUCUUCGGCUUUGCUUCCGUCAUCGUGGCAGGCAUCCUGGAGACCAAGAGGCUCCAGUACAUCCACCUCAAUGAGACAGUGGCUCAGCAAAUUGGAGAGGACUUGUACUUUGCAGCCCCUAUGUAUAUCUGGUGGCAGAUCCCUCAGUAUCUCCUCAUUGGUAUCAGCGAGAUUUUUGCCAGCAUCCCAGGUCUGGAGUUUGCCUACUCGGAAGCUCCCCGGUCCAUGCAGGGCGCCAUCAUGGGCAUCUUCUACUUCCUGUCUGGGAUCGGCUCCCUUCUGGGCUCGGGUCUGGUGGCCUUAUUGUCCCUCCCGGCAGGGGGCUGGCUGCACUGCCCCAAGGAUUACGGAAACAUCAACAACUGCCGGCUGGACCUCUACUUCUUCCUGCUGGCCGGCAUCCAGGCGGCCACGGCGCUCCUCUUCCUGGCGAUCGCCACCCGCUACGAGAGGUCGGCCCCGGGGCCGCCCGGCCGCCGCAGCCCCGGGAGAGAGGGCGGCUGAGGGCGCCGGCGCCAAGAGCAGGCAGGCUCUGGGCUCCAUCUCCUUUUAUUUGUACCCGACGCGAGAAUAAAACAUUUGUCAUAAAUAA